AUGGCUGGUGUUCCUAUUGCAAACACCAAAUUACAUGCUAACUGGAAUUUAAACAGCUCAACCUUUGAGGGCUACUAUUGUAAUCUAGGAGAUCAGCAGGCCAGGGAUGUUACAAUUAUGGACGUGGUCCUUGUUGGAGGCAACCGCAAUUGUAGUAGGUACGAUUCAAAUAGCAAUAUUGCCGAAAAGGCGACAGAAGAUAUGGUAAUUACCCAGCCUUGA